CUUCCGCUUUCUCGGUCAAGAUCAGCACAACGGACGCGCUUUCGCCCACCAGAUGCCCUGCAGCCCAGUGCCGAACAGCCGCCCGACCAGUGCCGAUCUCCAGCGCCUUAUCAGCAGGCCUGACCUCCGUACUCUGGCUGCCGAUCUCCCUUAGCGGUGCGCCCUGUCGAUUCGACCACGAAGCCAAACAUUUUUCGUCAGUCAUUCCGCCACCAGUGCACAGUGUUAGACGCGAUUCUGAUUAGCUCCUCGCCGCCUUAGAACAGCCCAGUUUUGCGUGUUAAUUUGCGUGACAUUUUCACAAAGACACAGCAAUAUGGAGCGCUACCUACGGUUUUACAUAAAAUUCCAAGGAUACAUGAUCGGCGGGUUUACGCUGCUUCUGUCCAUACUGAUGACGCUGGUGAUUUUCGAAUCGAACGAUCCGUACUAUCCGAUGGAGUUUUAUUAUAACUACCGCUUCAUGGGCACGACGGCACUGGUGCUGGGCAUAUUCUGGUUCAUCGCUGGCGUUACCUUUAUGUACGGAGUGCACUAUGAGAUCAAGCAGUGUCUGCUGCCGUUCGCGCUGCUCUAUCUGGUGGAUUUGGCGUUGCUAGCCAUCCGGGAUAUCGUGAUGAUAUGGCACGAUCGACGCUGGUACACGAUGGUGUUCGUGAACAUUCCCACGCUGCUGGCCGUGUUGUACAUUACUUGCUAUCUGUUCAUGACGCUGGUCGCGCUGGGCCGGCUGUUCAGCACCGAUCCGAAACCACAAACGGGUGACAAUUUUGUACGGUUCAGCAACGGCAUCGCCAAUCCGGUUGCACUCGCCGAGGAGGAGGCGGCACUCGUGGCGGAAUAGGUGCGAUCCUCUUACCCUACCAUAAACUCCCUGCUGUCUAAGCAUCCCUGCUGCGUCUCUGCUGUGUGGUCUUGUGUGUGCUAUCAGUUUGUGUAUGUUUAGACUGUUUCUGUGUGUGUGUGUUCCUGUUUGCAUUUCCUAAGCUUGCUUGCAUGUCUCAUCAACAGUGCUUGCCCGAAUGAACUAAUCGUUCAUGCUUUUACGUUAUCGCUUCCCAAGGGUUUGCGUGUGUGUGUGUCCUUACAAAUGGUGUGGAACUGUUAGCAAACACAGUGCGCUUCCCAACAUCGCAUAACAAUCGCAUUACAUUCGUUCUGUUAAUAAUAACCGUGUUAAUAAAAUGCUAAGUACUUUAAAAGGG